AUGUCCCUCAGGCAUGCGAAUGUCGUACCUUGUCUCAAUAACAUCGCUUAUUACUCGAAAGAAGCGGACCUGCUUCCAGCUAAUCCUGUCCUUGGCAUUCUCCAUUUCACUUUCCACAGCGAAGUCGACGUCUCAGAGUCAUCGCAGGCAGCAUCGAUACUAUGGCGGAAGUCCCUCAAGUUUGUCUCGACAAUUUUUGGUUUUCAAAGCCUGUACUGGGCCCCAAUAAUCCACAACUCGCCAUGUCAACAAAUCAUUGUUUUGAUCCAAUGGGAUAGCGGCCGUGGUUGGAAACUAUUUCAAUUUUCCCUAGGCUUCAGCAUGAUGUUGGGUUAUGUCCAAAGCGUCUUUAACCGCUGUAUCCAGCUUGCUCUCCCCUCCGAUCUACUCCAUUUUGACAGUGUCCUCGAGAUGAUCUCCUUCCAGUUCCCUACUAUGUUGUCCACUUCUCAGAUUGAUAUGGAACCAGUCUUCAAAGACAAGUGGGAGACAGAAUUUGUCCCUUACCUCAGCACUUCCACUGCCAUGGCUCAAUUGUCACAUGCUUGUGGAGAAUGGGUUGAAUGGUUUGAUAUUCACGUUCGGACAAUGUUCUUUUGGAAACCAGAUACACAGCUGGGUAACAAGGACAAUAUCGCGGACCAGAUAGCAGAGAUGGGGAAAUAUGCAACAGACGUGGUCUCGGUCUACACAAGCCAGCUAAACCAAGCGUCUUCUGAGACUUUUCAGCUACAAGCAUCGGAUCUUCUUCAAGUCACUGUGCAAUCGCAAGAUCUAAUGAAGGUAAACCAACACUUCCAGAAUCCUGUAAAGCCUGAAUUCAACUUGGACGAUUCUACAUUACGAAGAGAGGACCUACUCUAUUCGGAGUCUAUAAGAGAGGUAAAACGCAACGAGCGCAUCGCCUGUGGACCCGCUGGUUUUUGGUACCCCAUGGGACAUAUUUCUCAGCAUAACCUACACCAGGAGAAAUAUGACGCAGAGAUUAAUAUGAAGAUGAUCUCUUUCCGCGCUCGGAUUGGAAAUGCACCAGUAGAUAGUCUAUUUGAGGGUCUCGAAGGAAGCUUCUUUCAAUUUCUUGAGAGGCUACCUAACAAGCCAAUGUUAGAACUACGUAUCAACCGCAAGAUUCCAUGUCGCGCCACUCCCCUUACUCUGCUCUUAUACCAGGGAGCCAGGGAUGGGUCAUUAAUGACCUUCAUUCUUCAUCGUCAGAUCAGAGCGAGCAAAGCAGGAGGGCGCAAUUCAUAUCAAUUUUCAGCAGCGAUAAGAGAGGCGCUCAAGAAGAGUAGUACAGCGACUUUGCCCAACGAGCUCAAACCCAGUAUGAUCUUUUGGGCCAUAUUGUCGAUUUGCUACGGACACUAUCCAAGCGCAUCACUAUUCAGUACCUGGUCUUGGAAAAAGAAGAUCCCUGGACAAUUGCAGACAGGUUGGAAAAAUCGAGACGUCCACCGUCGCCAGUACCACGGUCUAUUUUUGACCUACCCUGGGUUAAGAAUCAGUCAAAAUAAGCACCCAAUGCUUUGCGAAUUUUGUCAUUUCGGUUUCAUCCAAAAACGAAUAUUAGUCAAGUAUGAGCUUCGACAUCAUGCUGGCAAGACCAUCCUCAUCGGCAGGGGUGAUACCUGGUGGUAUCAGGUUUGCUAUACCACUCGACCAAUCGUACGAUGA